CUCUCACUCUCACACACUCCUAUAACCUGCUGAAGAUCUUUUCUCAAGAUGAAUGCUGGGCUGUGUGUGUGUGUCGUGCUGGCAGUCCUGUGUGCGAGCUGUUUGGGGCUCCCCUUCUCCUCCCAGCCAUUAGACGAGGGCCAGCGCCCCGUCUCUGCUCUCUCUGAAGCUGUCCUUGAGGCUGACACCCACACCUUGGGAGAUCUCCACCUCCGACACAGGCGCUCUGCCCCCCAGCUGAAAGCUCUUCCUCUGGCUGAGGAGGAUGCAGACUCCCGAGCCAAUCUCAGUGAGCUGCUCGCUAGACUCAUCUCCUCCAGGAAAGGUUCUGUGCGCAGAAACUCCACGGCAAACAGCAAAGGCGUCGGACCGAGUGCCAACCACCGGAUAGCAGACAGGGACUACUUAGGCUGGAUGGAUUUCGGCCGCCGCAGUGCAGAGGAGUAUGAGUACUCCUCAUAAGGGGAAGUCACGGCUCACACCACCACCACCAUAUGGGCACAAGAUAAAAA